AUGACUAUGGCCCUCCACAAGCCUGUUCUAGAGGUCACAGCCUCCGCUCUCGUUUCCUCUGAGCACUACCUCCCGUACGAGCGUUUCGUCUCCUUCUGCGGUCUGAACAAUGCCGCGACGGCUUUGUCGUUCUCCCCGGACGGUACUUUUAUCGCAGCAGCCGACCGUACCAAAAUGAUCGUACGCCGACUCGAUCAGCCUCACUUCCCCGCCGUCAAAGCACCGAGUCGGUCUGGACGUAAAACAAUCGUGGCUCUGGCCUGGGUGUACUUUGAGAAGAGACGGGUCUAUGCUAUUGUGACAGGAUCCUUUGAAGGGGAGAUUAGUCUGUGGCACCUCGAAGGGGAAUGCAAGUCAAGUGAUGUGUCUUUCACGUCAGACGAUCCAACACCGGACCUUCUGGUCUUUGGUUAUCAGGGCGGUAUUAUCGUGCGACUUGAUCAAGAGGGCAAGUCUGUUGUCAACUUGGUCAAAGGUCCAGGUAUCAUGGCCUCUGUAGAAAUGCUCACCUCAACCGACCAAUGCAUCGUGUACACGGGUCUCUAUCCCGUGGCGGCCGUUGUUUGCUUGCUGGUUUACCUUGGGGUACAAUCCUACUCGAUACAAGACAUGCGUAUACGAGGUGGCGCCGUUGUCGUCGACUUUCAGUGA